GUCAUUGCCACUUUUCUCCUCCUCCUUCACCUGUAAGAUACUACUAGCUUCCUCCUUCCAUGGCUUCCCGAUUCCAACCACAAACUGCCAUCAAAAGAGCCCAACAAGUCACCUCCCACAUCAACCCACGAACUCAAUUCAGAAUGGCUUCGACUACUCAUCUCAAGCUGAACACUGGUGCAACCAUUCCCGCUCUGGGUUUCGGCACUUGGCAGGACAAGGAUGCUCAGGAAGACGCUGUCUACCUGGCGCUCAAGGCCGGCUACAGACAUAUUGACACGGCCCGCAUCUAUGGCACAGAGCCUGCGGUAGCCCGUGGAAUCAAGAAGUCGGGCGUGCCGAGAGAUCAGAUCUUCAUCACGACCAAACUGUGGAACAACUCGCACGAUCCCAAGAGUGUGGAAAAGGCUCUCGAUGCGAGUCUCAAGGACCUAGACACCGAUUAUGUGGACUUGUACCUCAUGCAUUGGCCCUCGCCAUUCAAAGAUGGAGACGAUAUGUUCCCCAAGGAGGACGGCAAGACUCUCACUGGCAAUUCCGACUUCGUGGACACGUACAAGGCCAUGGAGCAGUUGCAGAAGAAGGGCAAGGCUCGCGCCAUUGGUGUUUCCAACUUCUCUCAGGGAGAGCUCGAACGCCUCAUCAAGGAGACGUCGAUCGUUCCCGCUGCUCACCAGAUUGAGUGCCAUCCAUACCUGCAGCAAGCGAGCUUUGCCGCCUACCACAAGCAGCAAGGCAUUCACAUCACCCAGUACUCGCCGUUUGGCAAUUCCAAUGAAAUCUACUCCAGCGGCAAGGAAAUUCCGAAGCUCAUUGAGGACCCCACUCUCGUUGAAGUGGGGAAGAAAUACAACAAGAGUGGAGCGCAGACGGCUCUUGCGUGGGGAAUCGCUCAUGGGCGAUCAGUGAUUCCCAAGUCGAAGACCGAGUCCCGUAUCAAGCAGAAUCUAGAGGGUGAUUUCAAGCUGGAGGCGGAGGAUGUGAAGAAGAUUGACUCUAUCGACAAGAAAUUGCGAUUUAAUGACCCCUCGGCCAACUUUGGUUGGAACUUCUACUCGGACCUGGACGGCAAGAAGCACUAGACGUAUUUUUUUUUAAUCGGUCCAUGUCAUAAAUGGUGAUGGGCAGGAGUGGCCAUGGAAAAAGGCGAGCGGCUGUCAUUCUCUAGUAUUAGCGUCGUAGAUGAACUCCCUACAUCAAAAGUGCUCAAAAACUUCAAUUGCCA